GAAUUGAGUCGGAAAUGUCAGUCAUUUACUGUUAAUAUGCUGGAGCAAGUACGUGGGUCAAAAGAGCUGGAAAUCGUGUUGAACCACACGACGAAUGCUUGGGAAGAAGUGACCGAGCGGAAAAGUACCAGCCUUUGUCAACAACUUGCCAGGCUGAAACUAGCUAUUAAGCUUAGACAAAAAAGGUUCGUUGCGCAUCCCAAUUGUCAGCAGUUAUUGUCCGCAAUUUUUUACGAAGGGUUGCCGGGCUUUCGCGACUGGCAUAUUGCUGUCAAGGUUAGCUAA